AAAUUCAAUCAAUUUCCUGUCUUCUUUUUUUGUUUUUUAUUUUAAUCAAUUUCAUAUCUUGAUUUUGUCAUUCAUAUCACGCGAACAUGCUGACCUGUAUUCCACACUGAAAGCAAUACCAAACUCUCCUAUAUAUAAGCUUGAGCACGCCUGUUUCUUUGCUCAUCACAUACUUGACAUCUUUGGUUCAGAAAAAUGGCUUUGUUUUUGUGCUUCUUCUUCUUCUUUCUAAUUUCCUAUGCUUCUGCUUGUGAUCGCUGUGUUCAUCAAUCAAAGGCUGCUUAUUUCUCCAAGGCCCCUGCUCUUUCGUCUGGGGCUUGUGGGUAUGGUUCCUUGGCUAUUGGCUUCAAUGGUGGACACCUUGCAGCUGGUGUUCCUUCUCUUUUCAAAGAUGGAGCUGGUUGUGGCGCAUGUUUUCAGAUAAGAUGCAAGAACACAACUCUGUGUAACAGCAAAGGAACUAGAGUGAUUCUGACCGAUCUCAAUUACCACAACAAAACAGACUUUGUUCUUAGCAGCAGAGCUUUCAAGGCCAUGGCUAACAAUGGCUCGGAUCGAGAAAUUUUGAAACAUGGAAUUCUAGACGUGGAAUACAAGAGGGUACCUUGUGUAUACAAGAACCAGAAUUUGGCAGUGAGGGUGGAAGAAUCUAGCCAAAAGCCAAAUUACUUGGCAAUCCAGCUGUUGUACCAAGGAGGCCAGACAGAAAUAGUAAGCAUGGAUGUAGCUAAGGUUGGUUCUUCAAGUUGGAAUUUCAUGAACCGGAAAUCCAGUGCCGUGUGGGAGUCUAGCAGGGUACCGGGGGGGGCAUUGCAGUUCAGAUUUGUGGUAACGUCUGGGUAUGAUGGGAAGUGGAUUUGGGCAAAGAGUGUGCUUCCGGCCGACUGGAAAACUGGGGUUGUGUAUGAUACCGGAGUUCAGAUCACUGACAUUGCUCAGGAGGGUUGCUUUCCUUGUGAUGAAGGGAAUUGGAAAUGAUCAAAUGAUGAAGAGGUUUUGACUUUUCAGAUUGAUCUACUGUGAAUACACCCUUUUUCUUUUUCUUUUUUUCAUCUGAGCGUGAAUAAUUUAGGAGUAGAAAAUGAGGUGAAGAAAAGAGAAUUGUUAUAAGGACAUGUCUUGUAAUGUUCUUGGUGAUGUUUAACUUAUUUAUUUCCUUCAAUAAAAUGCUCAUUCUUUG